AUGGAUAAAUUUGUAAUUCAUUCUACUGGUACCACUUCGGUGAAUGAACAACCAAAGAAAAAAUCUAAAUUAAAUAUCAGACGUCUAUAUCAUGAAGAUUAUUUAAACAUAGGAUUUUCUUGGUCUGGUAAUGUAGAUGAUCCACGUCCAUGGUGUGUAGUAUGUGGCGAAAAACUAUCCAAUGAAUCAAUGGUUCCAAGUAAACUAAAACGUCAUUUUUCCACCAAGCAUUCUCAUUUGGUCGACAAAAAUGCUUCAUAUUUUCAACGUUUACUAAAAUCAGAAACACGACAAUCUGAAAAAAUGACAAAAAUUGUGACCAUUUCUGAUAAAACUCAAGAAGCUAGUUAUCUAGUAGCAGAAUUUGUAGCUAAACAAAUGAAACCACACACUAUAGCAGAAAAACUUAUUUUACCUGCUUGUCGUGAAAUCGUAAAAGUAAUUUUUGGUGAAGAAGCUGAAAAAGAAGUAUUAAAAAUUCCAAUAUCUGACAACACCAUUAGUAGGCGUAUUGAACACAUGUCUGAAGAUAUUGAAGAACAAGUAUUGCAACAAUCCUGUGACUCUCCAUUAUUUGCAUUACAACUGGACGAGUCAACUGAUAUAAGUGGACAAGCACAACUUUUGGUAUUUAUACGUAUAGUUUCCGACGAAGACAUCGUGGAAAAUUUUUUGUGUUGUAAAACACUUCCUGAGACAACUAAAGGUGAAGACAUUUUCGAAAUCGUCGGCAAUUAUCUGAAAUUUGCAAAUUUACCAUGA